AUGACUCAAUCUAGUCUUGUGGGGAAGGAGUAUCGAGGUUAUCGAUCUAAAGAUGGAGGUGUCACUGCGUUUGACGCCAAAAUUCCGGAACUGGGUCCUCGAGAUAUUGUUGUUCGCAUCACUCACACUGGUCUUUGCGCUAGUGAUGUGGCGAUGGUAAAACUUCCCGUUGCUCUAGGCCAUGAAGGGGUAGGAAUUGUUGAGAUGGUCGGCUUUGAUGCGAAGCAGUUGAAAGUUGGUGACCGGGUUGGCGGCGGAUAUCAUCGGGAUGCCUGUGGCAACUGCAAGUUCUGUCUUAAAGGCAAAGAUAUCUACUGCUAUGAUCGUAUUGUCAUGGGCGAGGGAGACUACGACAAUGGAACCUUUGGCCAGUUUUAUAUCGGCAAAGAGACGUUUUUGCACAAGAUUCCGGAUAGCAUUCCUAGCGAGUAUGCUGCCCCACUUCAGUGUGCUGGCGUUGCAGUAUACACUGCUCUCCGGGAAACAGUCGAGCCUGGUAUGCGAGUUGGAAUAUAUGGAAUUGGUGGCCUUGGCCAUCUUGCAAUGCAAUAUGCUGCCAAGAUGGGUACUAAAGUCGUUGUGUACAGCACAUCUGCAGACAAAGAGCAGGAAGCACGCGCCUGGGGAGCCAGUGAAUUUCACCUAAUCAGUACUAUGUAUGAAACCAUCAAAGCUCCAAUAAAGGUAUUGUUGAUUACUGGAAGUUAUAUCCAGAUUUUGAAAAGUAAAACAACGACAAAGGAAUUCUUAUCGCGAAAUGGCAUUAUCGUACCACUGACUGCCCCAAUUGGAGCUAUGAAUCUUAACACACGCAAUAUGUUCUUCGAUGCCUAUCACAUACAUGCAAGUCUAGUUGGCCCCAGAGCAAUGCACGCAGAGACGCUCGAAUUUGCUGCCAAAAAUGACAUUAAACCUCUGAUUCAGGUCACUAAACUUGAUAAUGUUAGCUCUCUUCACAAAGUUAUCAGUGAUAUGGAAGCAAAUGCCAUCAGGUACAGAGCUGUGUUUGAACUAUAGAUUCCAAUGAGAGCCAUAACAUUAUUAGCGAUGUCAUAUUCACGAAGUUUCGUAAGCG